AUGGUAGCUUUCGACGUUGUUUCCGAAACUUUCAGCACAAUUCCUUUUCCCGAGGUUUUGGAUUUGAAUCCUUGGCAAGGACAUUUUUUGAGCAUUGAAAUGAAGUUGCACGUCAUUGUUGUUGGACGUUCUCAAAACCUAUAUGCUGAUUUGUUCAAAUUUGAAGAUGAGUCUUGGGUCAAGGUGUUUUCUUUCAAUACGCUUCAUGUUGUUGAUUAUUUUGAAAGGCGUCGAAGGAAUAAUAUAAUUCAAGACAACAUGUGGCUCAUAACAAGCAUUUGGGGUGAUAUUGUUGAAGUUGACCUUUCCAACGACUCUUUUGAGUAUCUACAACAUGUUGAUGACUAUACCGGAAUGUCUAAAAGAAAAAACGAGUUUUCAUAUGAAUCUUACAACAAAGGAAAGGAAAACAUUUCUAACGGUGUUUCAGCCAUCUUAAAUACGAAUGCAUCUACAAAUAUUUCAACUGGUAAUACAAUUGUUGUCGUUCCCACUGUAACACAAGAUCAGGCAAGACAUAGUCGGAAAAUUAGGAAAGUAUUAUUGGAUAACAAAAGAUCUAAAUUACAUGGAUGUCCAUCAAAUGUUGACCAUACAAUGGUCAUAACAACUGAUUCGAUACCAACUCCUUCUAUUCCGACCGUUACACAACAAUUAUCUGUUAUAUCUGAAGGUAACACCCGUUUAAGGGAAGUAAAUUUGGAGAAUACAAGAUCUCCUCUGAGAAAUAGUAUAUCAUAUUCCAAUAGGAAUAUACUUAGCUCUCCUGAUCUAGAAGCAACUCCAAAUGUCAUUCCUAAUCGAACUGGAUCAUUCAUGGCAACAAGUAAUUUAAGUUGUCUUACGAACAAUGGUACUCAACCAGCAGACGCUACUCCUAGUCAUAUUGCGUUUAACAUUACGUCAUUUAGUGGCACCUCCGGUAUUCUUCAAAAGUCUUCUUUUGAAAGGUUGUCAUCUGGUAAACGUAAGUUAAUUGGUAGACCACGAAUUACUUCUCCGAUACCAACUAUUGACUUUACCGCAGAGCAGAUUGUAGUUCAAGAUCCCUUGAAAGGUGUUUCAAAAGAUUAUUUGGACCAUGGUGACCAAUGCGUUACUUGUGAAGUAUGUAAUGCAAAGUUGUGGAAUGCAGAAAAAGGAAAAGGAAGAAAAAAGGAUGGAAAAGUUUGUUAUUUCAUUUGUUGUUCUUAUGGCAUAGUAGAGCUUCCAGAUUACAAAGAUGCCAGAGGAAGUUAUCGAAUCCUGUUUACUAACAAUGGUGAUGAAAGCAAGCAUUUUUUGAAAAAUAUUCGCCGUUACAAUUCAAUGUUCGCAUUUACUUCAAUGGGUGGUAAGGUUGAUUCGACGGUUAACAGAGGCAAUGGUCCUUUUUGCUUUAGAAUUAGCGGUGAGAAUUAUCAUACAAUUGGAAGUCUUAUGCGAAACAACGGAGCGCAACCAAAAUUUUGCCAACUAUACAUAUAUGAUACUGAGAACGAAAUUUCAAACAGUGGUUCAGAUGGUGCAUCUUCUUCUUCUUCGGCAAAUGUUGAUCGUAAACUAAUUGAACAUAUAAAGGAUGUACUAGACAAUGACAAUGAGUUGGUCAAAACUUAUAGAAGAGUUCGGGAUUCCUUCCAAGACAACCCUAAUUUAAAUGUGAAGCUUCGAAUAAUUGGAACAAGAGAAAAAGAUGGUCGCACGUAUAACUUACCAACGGCUGGUGAGAUUGCUGCUCUCAUUGUUGGUGAUAUCGAAAAUGUCGUUGACAAUAGAGAUAUUGUAGUUGAGACUCAAACAGGUGAACUAAAAAGAAUUAGUGAGUUGCAUCCAUCAUAUCUCGCACUACAAUAUCCGAUUUUGUUUCCGUACGGAGAUGAUGGCUACAGAAUUGAUAUCCCUCAUAGAGGUGUUGUUGAUGUUGUUAAUAAAACACGUCCAAAGUGUACUAUGAGAGAGUUCUUUGCCUAUCGUAUCCAGGAUCGUAUAAAUCAGUUUUCAUUAAUCCUUAAUUCUAAGAGGCUAUUCCAGCAGUUCUUGGUUGACGCGUAUACUAUGAUAGAGAGCGAGAGACUUAGGUACAUACGAUAUCAACAAAAAGAUCUUAGGUCCGACACAUAUGAAAGCCUCCGUAAAUUACGAAGUAAAGGUCAAGAUGAUAUAUCUAAAGCUGGAAAACGUAUUUUUUUGCCGUCUUCUUUUACUGGUGGAGCACGAUAUAUGAUGCAAAACUAUUUAGACGCUAUGGCUCUGUGUAAAUGCUUUGGUUAUCCAGAUUAUUUUAUAACCAUAACAUGCAAUCCAAAAUGGCCAGAAGUUCAAUGGUUUCUCAAAGACACCAAUCUUAGUCCGGAAGAUAGGCCUGAUAUCCUGUCUAGAUUGUUCAAAAUAAAACUCAAUUCAAUUUGCAAAGAUUUAAAAAAGAAUCAUCUAUUAGGCAAAGCUUCAGCAGUUGUUUACACUAUCGAGUUCCAAAAACGUGGUUUGCCUCAUGCCCAUUUAUGCUUAUUCAUGGAACCUGAAUUCAAAUUACCUACUAUGGACCAUGUUGAUUCAUUUAUAUCUGCAGAAAUUCCAAACAGAGAUGAAGAUCCAGAAUUAUUCAUCCUGGUCAAAGAGUAUAUGAUACAUGGUCCAUGUGGUAAUGCUAGGUUGAGCUCUCCAUGUAUGGUAGAUAUGAAGUGUUCAAAAGCCUUUCCAAAAAAGUUUCAAGAUCACACAACACUAGAUUCAAAUGGGUUUCCAUUAUACAGAAGGAGAAACAAUGGUGCUUCUGUUGUGAAAAAUAAAAUUGAGCUUGAUAACAGGAGUGUGGUUCCUUACAACAAAAAAUUAUUGAAAAGAUAUCAAGCUCAUAUCAACGUUGAAUGGUGCAAUCAAGCCGCGUCUAUAAAAUAUCUUUUUAAAUACAUCAAUAAAGGUCCUGAUAGAGCCACUAUAGCUGUUGUGCAUGGUGAUAAUCAACCGGAAGAGCAACCACAAGACGAGAUCAAAGAUUAUUACGAUUGCCGCUAUAUAUCAGCUUGCGAAGCAUCUUGGAGGAUAUUUGCUAACGAAGUACACUAUAGAACACCUUCUGUUAUGAGGCUUCCAUUCCAUUUACCUGGCCAACAACCUGUUGUUUUCGGCCCUGACGAGGAUAUUAACUCUGUUCUAAACAAACCGUCAGUUAAAUCUUCCAUGUUUCUAUCAUGGAUGGAACGUAAUAAAGACCCAAAUGACCUGUUGGCACGUACACUUACAUACGUUCAGUUCCCUAUUUUUUAUGUAUGGAAGCUUGACAAGCGAGUAUGGGAACCAAGAAAAGGGAAAAAAUCAAUUGGCAGGAUUCAUUCCGUAUCUCCAUCUUUAGGUGAAGCGUAUUUCUUGAGAAUUCUUCUUAACAAGGUUAGAGGACCAACAUCGUUUGACGACAUUAAAACAGUUAAUGGUAAAGUUUACGAUACAUACAGAGAUGCUUGCUACGCACUUGGUCUUUUAGAUGAUGAUUAA